AUGUCACCUUGUUAAGAUCUAUGAGAUGAUUUUUAUUUUUAUUCUCUAAAGCUCUUUAAAUGAAAUCAGCUUCUUUCCACUGACAUUUGUUAUUUUUCACAAAUAUAUUAAUUCUGAAAUACAGAUGUGUGAACACAAACAUAAAUUAUUUUUUUUCUACGAAUUGAAGGUGAAGGUAAAAUGGAUGUUAUGUGAAUAAUCUUGAUCAUUUCGUGUGAUCUUGAUAAUAUGAUGGGACUAAUCUUCAGCUGGGGACGAGCAGAGCCACUGGUUCAUCCUCGGUGUGCGGAGCUGCUGUGGGCUGGAGGAGGAGGAGCGGGUGGGGCCUGGCUCUGGUCACUGACCGGAGACUCUCCUGGAUUUUGUUCGGCUCGGAUCAGACCGCAUGUCUGACCCAGGGGUCCGUCUGCUGCCGGGAGCGAGCCGCACUCACCCCCCGACACAUGUGACAGAUGGAUGCGGGGCCGUCGUCGCGCAGGAGGAUGAAAACAUCGAGGUUUUUCUAGGCUGUUAACGGGAGCAGCCGCUCGGCCCUUUCUUUAUUAUAGGGACGAGUCAUCCGCGGUUCGCUAUGUGAAGAUCGCCCGAUAAUUCUCAUCUCGCGAUCCUGACGAAUAAUUAUGAACAACGCGCAGGAUAUGUCGCCCGAUUUCGUGUUGAUGCGCCUGGUGUCCGCGGCAGAGGAUGACCGCCUGGACGCAGAAAACGGGAAUGUGCCGCCGGGAGGAGUGGUGCCGGGGCUGGGGAAGGAGGUCCUGGCUCACAGCGGCGUCAAGGCGGGUUUGGAUAUAAGCCGAGAUCCGACGACGGGCGUCGAGCAUCCCGGGGGCCGCCUGAACAAAGGCCAGGCGAGCGGGGAGGGCACGGCUGCACCUGACAGCGGGCUGCCGGAGAGCAGAGCCCCGCUGUCAGCGCCUCCUGCGCCGCAGAGCCCCAUGGAGGCCCAGGGCUUUGACUUCGCUCCCAGCCCCGGCCUCCGGCCUCAGCUGCUGGUCUUCUCCAAUAUAAUGCGGAACGAGGACGGGAUUUUAGAAUUGGACCGUCGGAAUCAGCCGAGGGAUGCGGUGGGUUUGGAGCAGAGCCCGGGGUCCGGCUGCUCCGGCCCGGCUGUCAACAACAACAGUCCCGGAGACUCGCAGCAGGAGCGGAUCUCCGUGUCCGCGGACAUGCAGGGAGCCGCGGAGCUGUGCCGCCGGCAUCGACUCAUCUCCACCCCGCCCGAGUGGCCCUUGUUGUCGGAGAGAUCCAACCCUCUCACCGUGAUUGAGUCUAAAUGGGGCUGCGCCUCCAGGGACCGAGAGGGAGCCGUGUUCGAGCUGGCCCGGCGGUUCGGGGAGCUGGGGGUCGGCGCGGUCCCCAAGAUGCUGUUUAAAGCCGGGGAGCUCCCGCAGUGUUCGUGUCAGGGUGCACACGGGCCGGGAGGAGGGGGAGUGGAACCCGGGGAUGACCCCACAGAGACCAGCGAUGCUUUGUUGGUGCUGGAGGGGCUGGGGAGCGGGGACGUUGCCGGCCUCGGCAUGGAGGAGUGCCCGGAGGACGAGACGGACGACGAGAACGGACGCCGCGAGUUUUUGCUCAACAGGAAAAGGGAAAUAGUUCAGAAAAUGUCCGGGGCUUUCUCCAUCAGCAGCUUCCAGGCGGAGCUGAGGAGGCAGGUGGAGGUUAUGGCCCCGGCGGCGACCCAGGCGGCGGCGCAUCUUGGCGGGCAGGUGUGCAGCCUCCACGGGAGCGCAGCCAGCCGCCUGGCGCAGGUAAGCUCCGGGGAUUCUGAGGUCGUGGCGCAGGUUUCUGCCGUGUCACCGUCACCUACCCCGGUUCAGAGCUCCCCCUGGGCCACGAGUCCGAAUCUGAGCCAGGCGUCGACACCCAGGAGGCGGCCGGAGCGGUGCGCCAGCGCGCCGCGGACUCCCACAGGCCGGGCGGCAGGUGGGGAAAAGACCCUGAAAGUUCCCGGGAAGUCCAAAAAGGGCUCAUUAAAGAUCCGCCUGAGUAAACUGUUCCGGACUAAAAGCUGCAGCGGCUCCAAUCACCUGCUGGACAAGAGGCCCUCGGUCACAUACUCGGUGUCUUCAGCCGGGAGCCUGGUGGACAUGGCGAGCUCUGCUGGAGCUGAGCAGGAGGCAGACAGCCACCACCAGCCCAGACUGACCAGGGCCCACAGUGCCUUCUCCCCCGCCUCCCUCUCCGCCUCCCUCUCUGCUUUCACUGGUGAGACUGUUUCUCUGAUGGACGUGGAUAUUUCGCGGCGAGGGGCAAACACGCCACACCCUCCUACACCGCCCCCUCCUCCACGACGGAGUCUCAGUCUGUUAGAUGACAUAGCCGGGCCUCAGCCUGGGCCUUUCCUAGUUAUGGGCGCCUCCCUGCAGUCCCUCCCCCUGCCUCUCCCUCCUCCUCCUCCUCCCUCCCACGCCACCAUCCAGCACAGUCUCAGCCUCAAUGACGCCUUCCUCCGGGCCCUCCCUCAUUCAACCCCAUCACCGGUCGAUGCGCUACCCCCGUCCCGACAGGCUCCACCCCCUAUGCUCUGUGCACUGCGGCGGUCUGAGGCCAGCAACUUCACGGCCAGUCUGAGGGAGCUGGAGAAGUGCGGCUGGUACUGGGGUCCGAUGAACUGGGAGGACGCGGAGAUGAAACUGAAGGGGAAACCGGACGGAUCCUUCCUGGUCCGAGACAGUUCAGACCCUCGAUACAUCCUGAGCCUCAGCUUCAGGUCGCAGGGAGUCACGCACCACACACGCAUGGAGCACUACAGAGGGACAUUCAGCCUGUGGUGUCACCCCAAGUUUGAGGACCGCUGCCACUCGGUGGUGGAGUUCAUCGAGCGAGCCAUCAUGCACUCCAAGAACGGCAAAUUCCUCUACUUCCUGCGCUCCAGAGUCCCAGGGCUUCCUCCCACUCCAGUUCAGCUGCUCUAUCCUGUAUCUCGCUUCAGCAACGUGAAGUCACUACAACACCUCUGUCGCUUCUGCAUCCGACAAAUAGUUCGCAUCGACCACAUCCAGGAGCUUCCACUGCCCAGACCACUCAUCUCCUACUUGAGUAAGUUUUAUUACUACGACCCGGAGGAGGAGAUGUACCUGUCAAUCAAGAGCAUCCAGAGGGUGGUGGGAGCAGAGCAGGAGGCGGAGUCACAGACGUAGCAUCAGAGAGUUUCUCAGCUCAAGUUUCUGUGUGGAGGACUGAUCUGAACUGGUCUUCCAGCAUCAGCCGAUCCGAGUCCCUGAAAAUCUCUGUGUCCAGUUGGACGGGGACAGAACCGCCUCUCUGUUGAUUUGGACUAAUGAAAGGAGGGACAGUGUUUCCAAACUGAGGUUGUGCCGUUGCAGAGGACUCCGACUCGUCUGCGGAGGGACUGCAGAGACGUUCUCGCCUGCAAACAUGUGUCGGUGGAAACAAAAGGAAAUUUUGAACUUGAUUUGCAAAUUUCCCGAACCUGCUGAACUGGACUCUCAAAACACAAAUGCACUGGUCAGUUUUUACAACUGUUGUUUGCUGCCGUUUUCUUGUUUUUCCUUCCAUUCUGUCAAGAUGAGUGAUUCUGGAUCAAAAGUCGUCCUCGGGAUCGAUACACACAUGAGGCAGGGCCGCACAGAACCAUCGCGAGCACUCGGGACAGUCCACGCGUUUCGUAGAGAUGGAGGCUGGGUGACAUAAGUUUGACAAAAUCAAGUUUCAACUACUUGCAUAAAUUACACGAUGGAUUCAAUUACGCCAGCUUCCCCUGACAGAUGUGGUGAACUCCUCUUAACUCCUCAAACUGACGUUCUACAGCAAACGCCUCAAACUCCCAACGUUUCAUUUGUGUUUCUUUAGACUGAGUGUCUGUUUCAUUUCUCUGCUGUUGUUCAGCCUGAGUUCACGUUCGCUGACUUUCUUUUCACUUUGCUGUGAUCAUCCGUGCUGCUGAUGGUGUUUUCUAGAAGCUACAGACGCUGCUGUCAGAGUCAAUGAAAUACGCCGAAUUAAAAAUCAGUAUUUGUUCAAGUCAACUUCAACCUUGUCUCCUAAACAAUAAGUCUCCAUCCACACUUGAAAACACUGGUAUGGAUUCACACUACUCCAAACGGAGAAGUUUGGAAACGCUGCAGGGCCCAUUUUGUUUUGAAAACUCAAUGUGAAUGGAUGAAAUGAUCAUUCACUACCAGGGGAAGUGACUCUGCAGCGAUGGACGUGGUAAUUGUGAGAGAGCGCCUCAGUGUGUGUGAGACGUUGGUCAUGAUGCGACUGUCCAUGGGAGUCAGGCGUCUUUUUAAACAAACACGUACACUGAACAUCCCGAUCAGGAGACGUGAGUCUGACCUUGGUGGGUUUUACCUUCAGAACACUUGGUGCACGAACACCGGAGAACGCCUCAGUCCGUUUGCAGCCGUUAACACCAUCUGUCACGUCACCCUCCAAUCUUUAUUUUGGAAAAUGAUUAUUUCUGUCUCUUACAGUAAUAAUAAUAAUAGAUGGAGGUAUUUAACUCUCUUGGAACAUCACAUCCUACACUGACACCACCAGAGGGAGACACACAUAUCUUUCUAAAGAUGUAACUCCAACAGUCGACAGAAAGAAAUGAAAUUCACUAAACCUACGUCUUUAACAGAGCGACAGCGGCUCAGAGCAGAUUUAUCUCUUUGCAGUGAAUCAGCUCAUUGGGACUGAACGCAGGAGGAGGAAGGAGUUUUGUAAAUAAACAUCAAGUCUAUGUUGAGACAUUUGUUUGAAUUUAGAGUUGAUGCAUUGGGAGGUUGUGAGAUUAUACCCAGAUGCCUCAUUACUCCCCAUCACGCCCUGCCUCAUGAUGUGUAUCAGUCCGCCAUGACGAGCUCUACCUGUCAGUUUUAUUUCUUGAAAUGCCCGGGUGUAUUUUGUUCACUCUGUUUCUCAGUUCCCUGAAGCUGCAGCUACCGGCUCAGCAUUUUCAGUAAAAAAGAAAGAGAAG